AUAUUCAUGAUAAUGAUGACAUCAGAGACUGGUUAAGGAUAAUAAUCAUUUUUCGAGGCGAGGAUCGUCACUUAGGCUUAGGUCGUCAGAAAGAUUACUCGUGAUUAUCGUAACUUUAUCAUUGAAUCCGAUAUCAUAUACUUGACGUUUUGAUAGAUUUCAUUCUUAAAUUCAAGAUGAACAGAAAGGGGAAGCUUCUCCUUUGCUUCACCAUUUUGAUACUUUCCAAGGAUCUUCAGACAGCAGAUGCAAGUUCUGCGCUCCCAACUCCUGUUUCACCCGACUGUCUAGCGUGUAUCUGCAAGGUCGAAUCCGGGUGUACAAUUCCUGAUCCUGUUUGUCGUGAUGAUGUUGGCUCACUAUCAUGCGGCCCAUACCAGAUAAAAGAAGCAUACUGGAGUGAUGCGCUGUUAAGAGGAGGUGAACUCAUGGGCUCUUGGAUGGAAUGCACAGCUGAAUUUGAAUGCAGUGAGCAGGCGGUACAGGGCUACAUGGCGCGUUAUGCUACUUCCCAACGCCUCGAACGCCAACCAACUUGUCAAGAUUUUGCCCGUAUACACAAUGGCGGUCCAAAUGGCUAUAAGAAAGAUGCUACCUCGGAAUAUUGGGAAACAGCUUUGAGAAGAUAUGAAGAGUGCCGACGUGCAGCAGAUAUUUUCUUCCCAUUCGGAUCAAGUGAAGCAGACGAAUCUCUUCCUGCAAAUGAUGAUGGUUCCACAGCCGAGCUACGGAUUGCCGUAGUCUUCCCAUUCUUCGAUCAAGACCAUACCAGUCUCUUUGUGAACAACAACGGUGUAAUCUCCUUCUUGUCGAGUGUUUCUCAAUACACUCCAAAUCCGUUUCCUCUCGGCCGACUACUUUUGACACCAUUCUGGGCAGAUGUCGACACGAGGAAUGGUGGCAGUGUAUUUUAUCGGGAAGUCUUACGAUUGCCUGAGAACGGUGGCUUGUUCGGUGAAGCCGAUAAUGUCAUCAGAGCAACCUUUGAUGAUAUGAAUGAUUUUGUAUCGUCGUGGAUGUACAUCGCAACUUGGGACAGUGUGGCUUUCUUCGGUGCAUCUGAUACCUCAAUUAGGAAUUCCUUUCAGGCUGUGCUUGUAACCGAUGGCCGAUUUUCCUUUGCCAUCUUCAACUAUGGAGAUAUCAACUGGACCACUGGAACUGCAAGUGGUGGCAAUAGCUUCACAGGUCUUGGUGGCACCCCAGCUCAGGUUGGAUUCAAUGCUGGUGACGGCGAGAAUUAUUACAGUGUCAGCGGAUCUAGGACCAAUUCCAUUGUCGAUAUUGAAACAACAUCAAACAUAGGUCUACCAGGCAGAUGGGUCUUCAGGAUUGACUCAGAGAUCCGGGGACAAGCAGGUACAUCUUCCGGUGUGUAGAACUUAAUUAACGGUUCUAAUUACAUGAAUUAAAUAAUUCACUGGCGGAAAUCCGAGGGGAUAGGGAUAUAUUUGUUUGUUUGUUUUAUUUUUAUUUCUGCGUUCACAAUACAUUAUCACAAAUAUUUACAUUGUUUGUAAUAUACAAAAUAAUUCAUAAUGCAUACAAUAUAAACAUAAUACAUAAUUUGAAGGGAAAAAAUGGUGUGGGCAUAUACUUCACAUUUUGAUAAUAAAAAAGGAACAUUAACAAAAUUUAAUGAACGCAGGAGACCGCCAUCGUGAGCGGUUAAGCUUGUAAUUGAUGGCGGCCUCAUAAAAAGGGUUCGUGACUAUGAUUGGUAUAAUUACUGAACAAGUGGGUGCAAUGCAGGUGCAGGUGCGGGUGCAGAAGAUAGCUGUAGAAUUUAUAUUUUUUAUUUAAUUUAUAGUGGUAAAUGAGGAUUAAUUUGAAGGUUGGGAUGAAUAAGAUCGAAUUAUAUUUCUUUUAAAAGUUGAUUUUAAAGAGUAUAAAGUGGAACAAGAUUUAAUAUUUUCUGCAAGAUUAUUCCAAAUGUCUGGACCAUGAUGUCGAAUUGAUUUAGAGGUAAUUAACAGUCUGGGGUUUGUGAGAUGAAAGUUUCCAGAUGUAUGAGUUGGGUAGGUAUGGACAGAAAUAUUGAACUUAAACAUAUCAUCAAAAGACGAAGGGAGUAGAUUAUUAAUAUACUUAAACAUAAUGAUAGCUACUUGAAGAGUAUACAAGUCGGCAACUUUUAGUGUUUUCUGUUUGAAAAAUAAUGGAUCAGUGUGAGCCAAGUAAUGAGAUCCUGUACAAAUGCGAAUAACUCUCUUUUGUAAUUUGAAAAUAGAAGUCAGCUUUGUUGAGCCACAAUUAGCCCAAACAACGUUCCAAUAAGUAAUAUACGGGAGUACUAAGGAAUUGUACAAUAGGAAUAAAGUUUUAAGAGGCAAAAUAAAUUUUAACUUAGAAAUAAUUCCAAUGCUUCUCGAAAUACACAUUGUAAUAUGGUGCAGAUGCUCAUUUCAAGAUAAAGCUUCAUCUAUGAUAACCCCUAAAAAUUUAGAUUGAGUUUUCCGUUCUAAUGACUUGCCGUCAAUCUGUAGGUGAAAUUGAGUGUUAGAAAUAUGAAAGUGAUGUUUAAAAUAUAUGUAAUGAGUUUUUUGUGUGUUCAAAGAUAAUUUGUUAGCUUUGAACCACUGUGAUACUUUGUUUAUUUCAUGAUUUAAAAUAUUGUAUAAGGAAGUGGGAUUUGUAUGAGAAAAAAAAAUAUUUGUGUCGUCAGCGAAUAAUACAAAAGAUAAAAUGGAUGAUGUAUUAAUAAUGUCAUUGAUAUAUAGUAAAAAUAAUAGUGGGCCUAAUAUGGAGCCUUGAGGGACACCACAACAAACUAAAAGUGAGUCAGAGUUAUAACCAUUAAAUGCGACGUAUUGUUUUCGAUUUCUUAAGUAAUGUUUAAACCAAAGGAGGGAUUGACCUCGUACGCCAUAAUAAUUAAGUUUUGAGAGUAGAAUGUCGUGAUUAAGUGUAUCAAAUGCCUUACUAAGGUCACAAAAUAUGCCAAUGACAUGUUCUUUGUUAGCGAUGGCGUUUGUAAUUUUAUCAUAGAUUUGGAUUAAAGCCAAGUUUGUUGAGUAAUUUUUCCUAAAGCCAUAUUGAUUAGAAUUUAGCAGAUUGUGUUUGCUGAUGAAUUUAUAAAGUCUGUUAUAUACUAUUUUUUCUAAGAUUUUUGAUAUAGUUGGGAGAAGAGAAAUGGGGCGAUAACUAUUAAUUUCAUGAGGAUUGUCUUUUUUAAAAAUUCGAUUGACUUUGGCGAUUUUGAAUAAGUAAGGAAAAACUCCUUGUGACAAUGAUUUAUUAAAAAUGUUUCUAAGAGGAUUAGCAAGUGGGUGAAUUAUUUCUUUUAAAAGAGACAUACUAAUUCUAUCAUGUCCAUGCGAUUUUGAACUGUUAAGAGACCGUGUAAUAUUGAUAAUUUCAGUUGGGUCCGUAGGGUUAAAAAAUAUAGAGUGUGGAUUAGGUUCGGGGAGAUAGUCGGUAAAACGCGCAUUAGGGCUAUUAAUUUUGCUUGAAAGUUCGGGUCCGAUAUUUGUGAAAAAUGAAUUAAAUGAAUUUGCAUGAAGGGAAGAGUCAAUUUUAAAACCGUUAAGAGUCAUAUUAUCAGUAGGAGGGGAAUCUGUCUUUGUUCCCAUUACCUCUUUAAUGAUUUUCCAAGUUGCAUUAGUGUUUGAACUGGCAUUCUUUAUUCUAUUAGCGUAAUACAUUUUACGUGAUAUAUGAAUUAAUUUUGUCAAUUUGUUUCGAUAUACUUUAUAUGUUUUUAAGUUAGCUUCGGACGGUUUGUGUAAAUGUGACUUGUAAAGGCGAUUACAUGUAUUGAUUUCAAUAUACCUUUUGUUAUCCAGGGAUGUUUGGGGGUCUUUUUUCGAUUAUUUUUCAUUCUACCUAUGGGGAUAUUCUUAUCGUAAUAAUGUUGUAAUUUAUCAUUAAAGCGAUUAUAAGAUGUGUUUGCUCCAACUUCAUUAUAGACAUCCUCCCAUUCCUCAAUUGCUAAGUCUUGUUUCAAUAAUUCAAUAUUACGUUUAGAUUCUCUUCUAUGUGUAUGUUGGUUAAAUGUUUUGAGGUGUGGUAGUUUUAAAUCACAAGUUAGAAAUAUUGGUAAGUGGUCUGAAACUUCAGAGCAUAGAAUUCCUCCUAUCAUUUUGUUGUUCAUGUUAUGUACGUUGGAAAAAAUGUUGUCAAUUUGAGUUGAUGAAUUUUGGUUGAUUCUAGUGGGAUUAUUUAUGAAUGAAUUGAAGCCGAAUGAGUACAUUAGUUUCAUGAAAUGGUUUGAUUUAUUAUUGUCGAUAAUUCAAUAUUACGUUUAGAUUCUCUUCUAUGUGUAUGUUGGUUAAAUGUUUUGAGGUGUGGUAGUUUUAAAUCACAAGUUAGAAAUAUUGGUAAGUGGUCUGAAACUUCAGAGCAUAGAAUUCCUCCUAUCAUUUUGUUGUUCAUGUUAUGUACGUUGGAAAAAAUGUUGUCAAUUUGAGUUGAUGAAUUUUGGUUGAUUCUAGUGGGAUUACUUAUGAAUGAAUUGAAGCCGAAUGAGUACAUUAGUUUCAUGAAAUCGUUUGAUUUAUUAUUGUCGAUUGAGGGUAAGAAAUUGAUAUUAAAAUCACCAAUAAUAAAACAGUUUUUAUUUUCAUUACUUAUUAUAUGGAGAUAUUGCUCUGUUUCCUCAUAAAAUGAAUCAAAAUUAAAACCUGGUGGUCUAUAAAUUAAACCUAUGACGACAUUUUUAAAUUCUUUGUUUUCAAUUUCAAUAAACAAAGAUUCAGCAUGUAAAAGUUUCACGUCUGAACGGAUCUUAAAUUUCAGUUUUUCGGCAAUAUAGAAGGCUACCCCUCCGCCUCUUUUCCCUUUGCGGUCUGCCCUAAUCAGCUUAUAAUCUGGUAAAUUAAACAAAUCUGGGGAAUUUUCGUGUAACCAUGUCUCGCUAAUACCAAUAACAGAAAAUUUAAAAUUGUUUAACGUGUGUAAGAGAUUUUCAAAAUAUUCGAAGUUUCUAUUCAGACUUCUUAAAUUUGCAUGUAAAAGAGAAAUAUCAUCACGAUUAUUAUUAAAUAUGUUGUUAAAUUCUUGAGGUGUGUAAUAUUUACUGUUGUGUGAAUUUUAUAUUAAAUUAUCAGGAAUAAAAGAGAGUGAAUCCAUC